CAAAGAUGCCUUUGCAGCUGAAGUAACAAACACUCAGCGUGACAGAUUGAUCCUCACGGCUAGUGUCUCUGCUGAGAAAGCGGUCAUCGAUGCCAGUUACGAAGUCGCACAGAUUGCCAUGAGCCUGGACUUCAUUAAUGUGCUGACAUUUGACUUUCGUGGCCCUUGGGAAAAUGUCACGGGACAUCACAGCCCCUUAUACCUUGGAUCCCAAGAUACUGGAGACAAGAUCUACUCAAAUACUGACUCUGCCAUGCAGCACUGGUUGGACCAGGGAGCACCUGCACAGUUGCUAAACUUGGGAGUAGCGGCCUAUGGGCGAGCUUUUACCCUCUCCACUGCAGCCAGUGAUGUUGGAGCACCAGCCAGUGGCACUGGUGAAGAAGGCUGCUACACUGGUGAAGAAGGAUUCUGGGCGUUUUAUGAGACUUGCCUUUACACUGAAGGGGCUACAGUCCAACUGAUAACUGAUCAGAGAGUUCCAUAUGCAAUCACAGAAAACCAGUGGGUUGGAUUCGAUAACAAGGACAGCCUUAGUACAAAGGUCAAUUACCUAAAAGCUAAAAACUUUGGAGGAGCCUUUGUCUGGUCUCUGGACCUGGAUGACUCCAGUGGAAAAUUCUGUAACCAAGGCAACCGUCCCUUCAUCAGCCAUCUGAAUACUCUCCUGGUUCAAAGUUCUCCAGUCGUUACCCUAACAACUCCCACUACUCUAAGUACAACCAAAAUUCCUACUAUGACGACAAAUACCACAACAACAAGUCCAACGACCACAACCGUGACAACAUCUCCCACUACUACAACCAAAACUCCCACUAACACAUCAACGAAUCCAAGUACCAUCACAACUCCCGCUACCAGGGCAACACCUCCCACUAACAAUACAACCACAACUCCUACUACCACAACCACAACUGCCACUACUACAAAAACUCCCACUACUACAACCACAACUCUUACUACUUCAAACUCAACUCCCACUAUUACAACCACAACUCCCACU